GUGAGGGCACAUCCCCGGAGCGGCCGCCCAGCGCGCAGACGGCCGGCGGAGCGAGCGGGCCAGCGAUCGGGUGAGCGCGCGGCCGGGGCUCUUGGGCCCGGGGCGGGGUCGGCGCGGAGCAGCGGCGGGGAGCUCGUGCGGAGAACCGGCGGGGCGGCCCGGCCCGGCCCCGCGCCCGCGCCCAUGACGGCGGCCGUGCUCCGGGAGGGCGUGCUGGAGAAGCGCAGUGGCGGGCUGCUGCAGUUGUGGAAGCGCAAGCGUUGCGUGCUCACCGAGCGCGGGCUGCAGCUCUUCGAGGCCAAGGGCGCGGGCGGCCGUCCCAAGGAGCUGAGUUUCGCCCGCAUCAAGGCGGUGGAGUGCGUGGAGAGCACGGGGCGCCACAUCUACUUCACGCUGGUGACCGAGGGCGGCGGCGAGAUCGACUUCCGCUGCCCGCUCGAGGACCCCGGCUGGAACGCGCAGAUCACCCUGGGCCUGGUCAAGUUCAAGAACCAGCAGGCUAUCCAGACGGUGCGCGCGCGGCAGAGCCUGGGGGCCGGGACCCUGGUGUCUUAAGCCGCGGACGGACGUCUCCGCUCCACGCGGCCCAUUGACGCAGCGCGGAGGUGGUGUCAGCCCCCUGCCUCUCCAGCUUUUGCGGGCCGACUGCCCCAUCGGGCAGGGUGGAAGCCAUGGACGCGUGGAAGAGGCGUGGGAACCUAAGCCUUGCCGGGCCUGGGAGGAGGGCAGAUGGCCACGUGGGGCUGAGGAUGAAGAUUCAGCCCUUGUAGAUGCAGACUCUCGGGAUGGACCAGCUCAGACCUUGCAGCCACCUGCCUGGCCUCCGAGAUGGUGACGGGAGCUGGCAUCACAGACCCCUCCCGCCAUGCCCUGCCAUCUGUCCUGCAGACUACUCUUGGUCCCCGGGCUUGGGCCAUGCCUGGAGGAAGGCAGACCCCCGGGGGCGCUCAGCCAGCGCCUCAGGACUCAGGAGGCCAGCCUGACGCUCAGAAGAGGAAACUCCCCACCCCAACUCCCCUCUGGAUUCACUUUGGCGGGGGUCACUGAUGGGCCUGCGGCCCACGCUUUGGGGUCGUCUGCUGCUUGGGUCCUUCUGGGACCCCCACCCAUUCAGGCCUCUCUUUGCACAGUUCUUCCCCCUCCUGCCCAUCUUCUCCCCACUGCAGUGCUAGGCCUGGAGGUGGUGGGGGUGGUCGGGGGUUCAGCCAUUACCAUUUCAUUACCAUUUCAUGCCUAUCCCAACCCGCAGCCGCUCUGCCUGCAAAGGCAGCGCUCACACUGUUCACUGAAUGAAAUUCUUUGCCCACAAAGACCUGGUGUUUGGAACAUCUGUUUCCUCACCCCCACUUUCCCAGUCUGCAUCCCACCCCUAAACUUCCAGGCUGGGGAGGGAGAGACCCUGGAGCCCAGGGGACAGGACCUCAGAGGUCCUAGGAGGGAGAGACUAUGAGACCGGGACGGGAGGUGUUGCCCUGGCCAGCUCAGUCUCCAGAGAUGCCCCUUUUGUUUUUUUAUGGCUGCACCUGCAGCACAUGGAAGUUCCCCAGCCAGGGGUCGAAUCAGAGCCGUGGCUGCAGCUGCCAGCCUACAGCGCAGCCAUGGCAACAUGGGAUCCGAGCCACAUCUGUGACUUAGGCAACACGGGAUCCUUAAUCCACUGAGCGAGGCCAGGGAUCAAACCUGCAUCCUCAUGGACCCUAUGCCGGGUCCUUAACCUGCUAGCCACAGCAGGACAUCCCAGAGAGAUGCCCCUUCGGCCUGCGCUCCUGGAGGCAGCUCUGCUUGCUGGCCAGGGCUUAUCUCUUUGCCAUUUGCACACUUGGGCUUUGUGCAUGAAUGCAGUAAGUCUUGGAGUUCCCUGGUGGCCUAGUGGUGAAGGAUCCAGGGUUAUCACGGCAGUGGUGCAGUUCUAUCUCCGGCCCCAGGAACUUUCGCAUGCUGUGGGUGUGGCCUAAAAAUAAACACUGUGUUUUCCUUA